AUGGACUGCGCCGGUGAUCGAGCCAACACCACGCGACAGGACGCAGCUGUGCAGCCUGCACAUGGCGGCGAAGGGGACCGGUGUACCGAUGACGGCACCUGCACCUGCGGCAAGCCGGUCAAGCCCUUGAUGAAGAGAGUGAUAGCCUGCGCCCUGGUGAUGUUGGUGUCAACUACGGUCCUCAACCACAUGGUCGACUUCACGCACUACAGCGUGACAACCUUGGUCGCGUUGGCGUUGCCGGAAAUGAUGGACGAAGACGUCUACGACGAAUGGAGCGAACUCGAAGCCGAGGUGUCGCCGCAGUCGUCGCUCAUCACGCCGCCGACGCUGCUGACGAACGCCACCUGUCUCGCAUUCGAAGAUGGCCUGCCCGGAAAUGAGUCCGACUUCAAGUCUCUCCUGGUCAGACUUGUGCUGCUGCUGACUGAACUGGUGAGCGCGAGCCUGGUGAUGGCCGUCAGGAACCGCGUGCUUCCUAGCUACGAGCGCCUUCACGAACUGGCCACGUCGCUUCUCUGAUAACGUGGCAGCCUACUAUCAUGCCGUCUGUCUUAUCUACUGCUUCCUUAUCAGCUACUACUUCGUCCUUUUCCCGUAUCCUUCCAAUCCUUGCUGCAUCCCGCAACUCCACUGCCGAAUAUCAUCACAUCCCUGAGACGCUGGGACAAUCUGCUUGUGCUUCAUUUGAUCUCGUGCUACUGGCUUAU